GGUGAAUCAUCGCAGUGAGGUCGUCGACGAAAACAGAGAGUUUCACGCUUACUGCUUCUCUCUCGCUAAUCGAAUUGAUGCCUCUAUUGGGAAAGAUGAAGUUCCUGUGGAUGCUCAAGAGCUUGCUACAACCCUCAUCAAUCAAGUGUGUCGACGACAUAGAUGUGAUGAUGAAACGAGGGCUGUGAUGAUGGUGUUGAUGAUCUCUGUUAAGACUGCAUGUGGGCUUGGAUGGUUCCCGGAGAGAGAAUCUCGAGAACUGCUGGCUCUUGUAGACUCGAUGUGGAAGGGUUUCAGCAGUCCUGAAAACGUUGCCUCUGGUCUAAGUAGUGCCGUCAAUCUAAUUCCGCAGGUCAUGGAGAGGUUCUAUCCAUUUACAAAGCUGGGGCAAAUACUUGUUUCUACUGAGGCGGAGGCAGAAUCAAACAUAUUGAUGAAGGACUUCCAUAUUUCUAAAAAGAUGCUGCAAGAUUCUCCCAAACAGAAAGUAGGAUUAUUUGUUUUUCGGGCAGAGGACAUAAGCAAGUCUAGUUGUAUUAUACAUCCUCAAAAAGUCAGCUUUCUGUUGAAUGGGAAGGGCGUUGAAAAGAGAUAUGGCUUAUCAAUGGAUUCUGGGCCGCAGUGUCCCACGAAUGUUACUAGCCUGCUCAACCCUGGGUCAAACCUUCUGCAAACAAUAGGCUGUUUUGAAGGUAGUUACCUCAUUGUUAUUGCCUUAAUGGAUAACAUAUCACUGCCGGCCAAUCCGUUGCUGAAAGAUUAUGUUCAUUCUGAAGUCAUUGAAUCAAAUUCAGAUUGUGACAUAGUUGAGGGCCCAUCAAGGAUAUCUCUCAGUUGUCCUAUCAGCCGCACACGUUUCAAACUUCCUGUGAAGGGUCAUGCCUGUAAACAUCUUCAGUGUUUUGAUUUCUGGAACUAUGUCAAAAUAAAUACGAGAAUACCAUCAUGGCGCUGUCCGCAUUGCAAUCAGUCUGUCUGCUAUACUGACAUCCGUGUAGAUCAAAACAUGAUAAAGAUUCUAGAAGAGGUGGGAUGUAAUUCUACGGAUGUGGUUAUCUCUUCUGAUGGAUCAUGGAGUAUUGCAAUGGAGAACGGUGAGAAUGUGGGAGCUGUGCCGGAAACCACUCAUGAACACCGGGACGCAACUAGUUUCCAAAACAUGGGGCCUACUGUUAUGGAUCUUACCAUAGAUGAUUACGAAAUGGAAACAUCAAGAGGCACUCAAGUCAAUGAACAGAAGCCUUGUGUAUCCGAGAUUCAGGGUCUGUCUUCUGCACUGCCAGAGUUGCCACAAACUUUGAAUACUUUUGAUGGGCAGCAAUUCAUCAACUCUCCGCAAGUAGGAAACACGCGAGAUUCAGCAGCAAGGGAUGCCAUUCCUACCAACCUAUAUCCGCAAGAUAGAUUAGCUACAAAUACGCCCAGCUUUCACACAUCAAUGCCUGGUGCUCAGUCUUCUCAGUUUCAAGGGUCACAUGUUACGCCCCUCAGAAAUUGUCUUGGAAGAACCACUGAUUUGAUGGAGCGAUGGAACCACAUCUAUGGAAAUAGCACAACUCAAACUCAAUUGACACCCAUGCCUCCUCCGUUGAAUCACCAGUAUGCAAUGCAGAACCAGAGACUUCCCACCAGGAGCAUGACCCCUGCACAGGACAGAUCGAUCCCAUCUUCCGUUACACAUCCCCAAACUUUAGGUGUCAACUAUGGAGGGACCUCCGAACAGAGGCACAUGCAAAGACGGAAUCCGGGUGGCUCAUCGCGUGAGUCCAUGAACUUGACUCCUGCUAACACAGGAAACUGGCGCCCACAGACUCGGAUGCGAGGCAGCCUAACGCCAGGUUCCACGGAGUAUGACCACAUGAUCAUUCGACCUACUCAGCCGGUUCAGACACAAGCUCAAACACUUUCUCAGUCAACAGCUUAUAAUUAUAUGCCGGUUCAGACACAAGCUCAAACACUUCCUCAGCCUCAACCAACACCUUACUAUAACAGUAUAGAUGAUGAGAUUCAAGCUUAUUUGGCUCAACAAACGGAAGCUGGAAUCGGUUCAGUUCCCGUUGCUGAAGGUGUUGGGACGCUGGGGUCGUUUUGGUCAAUGCCUCCUGAGACAUGGUGAUUAUCUGAUGGCACCACAACGGUUUGUAGCAAUAGCACGUGUCCACUAACACAAUCCAAACAGUAUACAAGGGUUUCUUUUUUGUUACUAACCAGUUUGGCUUCCGGUAUGUUUAUGAGUGUAUUUUUUAUUUACUCAAUGUGAUAACAAUUUGGUAUCUUUUUAGAGAAUCCUUUUGUUAUUUAUAUACAUAUAAAACCUAAAAGGAUUAACCUAAAUCCAAAAAGUUUAAAUUCGGGU